AUGACGACUUCACAAAUCCCGAAGUGUUUCCAGUUAAGUGUGCCAUAUGCAUCAGACGUUCAGCCAGUGGUCAUCUCAGUGGCAUCUGAGGCUGAGACUAGAUCAGCCCCACCUGAAGGAGGACUUUUAUCACCACCACAGGACUCUUUCCAAGAUGGACAGAAAAGCUUUGAUCUUAAUCAUUUUGUUCGCAACCACAGGAAUUGCAGCAACUCAAACAACGAGCGCAACAUCAUUACCUUCAACUACAGCAUCUACAGGUUCUACAGAAUCUACAGCAUCUACAGCUUCUACAGCAUCUACAGCUUCAAUAACAUCUACACCUUCUACACCAUCUACACCUUCUACAGAAUCUACAGCAUCUACAGCUUCUACGGCAUCUACAACUUCUACGGCAUCUACAGCUUCUAUGGCAUCUACACCUUCUACGGCAUCUACAGCUUCUACGGCAUCUACAGCUUCUACGGCAUCUACAGAUUCUACGAUUUCUACAGCAUCUACAGCUUCUACACCUUCUACAGUUUCUACAGCUUCUACGGCAUCUACAGGAUCUACAGAUUCUACGGUUUCUACAGCAUCUACACCAACAGUAUCUACACCUUCUACAGCAUCUACAGCUUCUACACCUUCUACAGCUUCAACAGCAUCUACACCUUCUACAGCAUCUACAGCUUCUACACCUUCUACAGCUUCAAUAGCAUCUACACAUUCUACAGAAUCUACACCUUCUACAACAUCUACAACUUCUACGGCAUCUACAGCAUCUACACCUACAGCUUCUACAGCAUCUACAGAUUCUACAGCAUCUACACCUUCUACACCAUCUACACCUUCUACAGCUACAACAGCAUCUACACCUUCUACAGCAUCUACAGCUUCUACAGCGUCUAUACCUUCAACAGCUUCAACAGCAUCUACAGCAUCUACAGCUUCUACAGCAUCUACACCUUCUACAGCAUCUACAGCUUCUACACCUUCUACAGCGUCUACACCUUCAACAGCAUCAACUGCAUCUACAGCGUCUACAACAUCUACAGCAUCUACACCUACAGAAUCUACACCUUCUACAGCAUCUACAGCUUCAACAGCAUCUACACCUUCUACUGCAUCUACAGCAUCUACACCUACAGCUUCUACAGCAUCUACAGAUUCUACAGCAUCUACACCUUCUAUAGCAUCUACACCUUCUACAGCAUCUACAUCUUCUACACCUUCUACAGCUACAACAGCAUCUACACCUUCUACAGCAUCUACACCUUCAACAGCUUCAACAGCAUCUACACCUUCUACAGCUUCUACAGCGUCUACAGCAUCUACAGCUUCUACAGCAUCUACACCUUCUACAGCAUCUACACCUUCUACAGCAUCUACAGCUUCUACACCUUCUACAGCUACAACAGCAUCUACACCUUCUACAGCAUCUACAGCUUCUACAGCGUCUACAGCAUCUACAGCUUCUACAGCAUCUACACCUUCUACAGCAUCAACUGCAUCUACAGCGUCUACAGCAUCGACAGCAUCUACACCUACAGAAUCUACACCUUCUACAGCAUUUACAGCUUCUACACCUUCUACAGCUACAACAGCAUCUACACCUUCUACAGCAUCUACACCUUCUACAGCGUCUACAGAUUCUACGGUUUCUACAGCAUCUACACCUUCUACAGCAUCAACUGCAUCUACAGCGUCUACAGCAUCUACAGCAUCUACACCUACAGAAUCUACACCUUCUACAGCAUCUACAGCUUCUACACCUUCUACAGCUACAACAGCAUCUACACCUUCUACAGCAUCUACAGCUUCAACAGCAUCUACACCUUCUACUGCAUCUACAGCUUCUACAGCAUCAACUGCAUCUACAGCUUCUAUAGCAUCUACAGCUUCAACAGUUUCAACAGCAUCUACACCUUCAACAGCUUCAACAGCAUCUACAGCAUCUACAGCUUCUACAGCAUCUACAUCUUCUACACCUUCUACAGCUACAACAGCAUCUACACCUUCUACAGCAUCUACACCUUCAACAGCUUCAACAGCAUCUACACCUUCUACAGCUUCUACAGCUUCUACAGCUACAACAGCAUCUACACCUUCUACAGCAUCUACAGCUUCUACACCUUCUACAGCAUCUACACCUUCUACAGCAUCUACAUCUUCUACACCUUCUACAGCUUCAACAGCUUCAACAGCAUCUACACCUUCUACAGCAUCUACAGCUUCUACACCUUCUACAGCUACAACAGCAUCUACACCUUCUACAGCAUCUACACCUUCAACAGCUUCAACAGCAUCUACACCUUCAACAGCUUCAACAGCAUCUACAGCAUCUACAGCUUCUACAGCAUCUACACCUUCUACAGCAUCUACAUCUUCUACACCUUCUACAGCUACAACAGCAUCUACACCUUCUACAGCAUCUACACCUUCAACAGCUUCAACAGCAUCUACACCUUCUACAGAAUCUACACCUUCAACAGCUUCAACAGCAUCUACACCUUCUACAGCUUCUACAGCUUCUACAGCUACAACAGCAUCUACACCUUCUACAGCAUCUACAGCUUCUACACCUUCUACAGCAUCUACACCUUCUACAGCAUCUACAUCUUCUACACCUUCUACAGCUUCAACAGCUUCAACAGCAUCUACAGCUUCUACAGCAUCUACACCUUCUACAGCAUCUACAUCUUCUACACCUUCUACAGCUACAACAGCAUCUACACCUUCUACAGCAUCUACACCUUCAACAGCUUCAACAGCAUCUACACCUUCUACAGCUUCUACAGCGUCUACAGCAUCUACAGCUUCUACAGCAUCUACAGCUUCUACAGCAUCUACACCUUCUACAGCAUCUACACCUUCUACACCAUCUACAGCUUCUACACCUUCUACAGCUACAACAGCAUCUACACCUUCUACAGCAUCUACAGCUUCUACAGCGUCUACAACAUCUACAGCUCCUAUAGCAUCUACAGCUUCAACAGUUUCCACAGCUUCUACAGCAUCAACACCUUCUACAACAUCUACAGCUUCUACACCUUCUACAGCUUCAACAGCAUCUACACCUUCUACAGCAUCUACACCUUCAACAGCUUCAACAGCAUCUACACCUUCAACAGCUUCAACAGCAUCUACAGCAUCUACAGCUUCUACAGCAUCUACACCUUCUACAGCAUCUACAUCUUCUACACCUUCUACAGCUACAACAGCAUCUACACCUUCUACAGCAUCUACACCUUCAACAGCUUCAACAGCAUCUACACCUUCUACAGCUUCUACAGCUUCUACAGCUUCUACAGCUACAACAGCAUCUACAGCUUCUACAGCAUCUACAGCUUCAACUGCAUCUACACCUUCUACAGCAUCUACAGCUUCUACAGCAACUACUACAAAAAUACCUGAAGUGAAAACCGAUCUGGAGUUUAGCUCUUCUGACAUAUUUGUAAAUGCACUCAGCGAUCCAAACACAGUGGAGUUCAAGAAUAGGGCAAAGUCUGUCAAGGAUCAACUUGAAGGAGUUUACAAAAAGAAAUAUUCAAACUUCCUUAGAAUGAAUGUCAUAGGAUUCAG